CCACGUGAUUUCCGUGUGACGUUUCAGUGAAUUCACGGGAAUUCCCCCAUAAUUAUUACAACAUAUGUCACAUACUGCGAUAAAGGUCCAGUGAUGAUGUUGUUCGUGUUAUUGUCUCUGCCUGAUUAAGGUUACCAAAAUGGGAGAUUUUGUGCGUUGGAUGCAGGCAUUGCAGCAGAAUUCUGGCGACAUACAACAAAGGAGGCAGGAGAUAGCUAUGCUGAGGGCCAGUGGGAAUCAUCUGCUCGAGAAAGGAGAUGUUGACAAUGCAGCACGUACCUUUGGCCAUGCACUUGACUUGGCACAGUCGACUGGUGAUAACGAUCUUUGGUUGCAGACUUGUAAUGAUCGUGACCAUUGCUAUUUGGUUCAGCAAAGAAACUUAGGACGGAAAAAGCUUGAGACGGGUGAUAUAAAAGGAGCGGAUGAGGUCUUCACGAAUACCCUAGCCAUAGCUGACGUUGCAGAAAUGCAGCGGGGCCUUCACCUACCAAAGCUGCGAGAAGAACUUUACUGUGAGCUUGAUCACUGCCAAGCUCUGCUCCUGAAAGAAGAUGGAAAGAAAGCGAUUCAGGAUAAGGAUUUCAGCAGAGCUAUUGAGAUAUACACAAAUGCUUUGGUAAAGGCCAGGGCAGCACAAAGGGACGACUUACACUUGCAGCUACUGAUAAACCGGUCCAUCGCUAGCAGUAAACUUGGGAAUCAUAACCAGGCGCUUGAUGAUGCCCAGCAGUGUAUAGAUGCUGCUCCCCAUUCUUGCUACAAGGGCUACUUCAGAAAAGGACAGGUUUUGAAAACGUUGAAAGAAUCGAGAGAAGCCCUCGAUGCCAUGCGUGAGGGACUUGCUGCAACUAACCCACCACUGAUCGACAAGGUUAACUUUGUCAUGGAAAUCUUGAUGCUUACAAGUCAGCUAUUACAAACGGGGAUUGCCCUCUCGUCGGCCGACUCAUACACUGGCCCGUAUGAGCACGUACUGGCUAAAUGUAACUUAGAUGGUGAAACCUGGAGCCAAGUCUUUAAGAAGCUAGCUGCCCAACACAAGUGGGUUCAGAUGAAGCAGUUGGUAUUAGACGAAGAUCUCGAUAUGUAUGGUUGUGGAAGUCAUGUACAAGUCGUCGACCUGAUUGAAUACUGCAAUAAGAAUGAAGAAAGUCGUGACGCCAAGUUGUGGGGCCAGAAGUUAGCAAUCAAAUUGAUGGAACGAGGAAGCCUUUACCCCAAAAAAGCCAGUAGUACGUUCAUGAAGAGAGCCCUGGAUCUCGGUAUUAUUACUGGAGAUUUUUGCCUUUUAAAGUUCAUUUUCAAGGAGCACGUGAAGUCUGUUGCGGAGAGGAACCAAGUUGACGAAGCUGGGGAGAGUCUGUACCACUACCUAACUAGGUCGUAUGACACAGGACAAGGCAAUGCGCUAAUUGCACUGAAACUCUUUGGCAAUCACGAAAUUGAUGUCUGCACCCAAAACAACGGCAAGACACAUGUUGAGUGCUGCACUAAACCUCCCCAAGAACAGAAAACAAUGCAAGAAGAAUUGGGAUCUGAAGUAGAAUUGAAAACGAGGGAUACUCAGUCACCAGAUACCAGACCCGUUAGUAAACUGCUCAAGAACAAAGAGCCAACCAGCCAGGCCACGUUACCUCUUGCUACUUCAUUCAAGCCACCCAUUCCUGAUUCAAGUGGGCAAGGAGGGGCAAGACCAAAAGAAAAAUCCUAUCAGUGUCUGAAAUGCCGUCAGAACGAUGGUAAAGCUAAGUGGCGUUUCAAGUCAUACAAGACGGACAAAGCGUGUAAAUUAUGGGUAGGAAACUUAAGCGAAGAUGGACACCCUCAAAAGGACCACAAACAAUGGAGGAGUAAAGCACAAUCUGGUAUCUCUAGGAUACUGAAACAGAAUAGGGAAGUUCCUGAAUGUUUGACGAAGCUCAACGGUGGCGAAUAUUCAUACUUCGUCAAGGAAGCCGGGCACAGCCAUGACUGGAAGCUGGCCAAAGAGCUGAUCACUACUUAUGAGAAACACAAUGGGGAGGAUAGUAUCAAGGAGUUAGCCAAAGACGUCGACAUUACUGGUUAUUUUGAUAGACGAGAGCAUGAACGAGAUGACACAACCUUAGAGAUGAUUCUCAGAGCUGGUGCUUCUGCUGCUGUUGGACCUACUUAUAAGAGACUGCCACUGAAAGAAGCGAUCACAUACGAAGACUGGAAGGCGAUUCCCCUCCUUGUUGAGUACGGCGCUGAUGCAGGGGAUUUCAGUUUGACUGAGGGGGACACACCUCUCCAUGCUGCCUUACAGGUUGCCAUGACAGAAGAUAAACAGGACAACUUCAAUGUUCUUGAGCGCCUGAUAGAUUUGCACCAGUCUGACCCAACAAGGUAUCCUGACCUAGAUUCUCUAAGGCAAGAUAUUCUUGGUGACACACUUUUCCACGUGGCAGCGAAAGCAAAGGACCCCGAAGUUGGUAUGAGGGCAGCAGAGUUUCUGUUCGACAAGGGAGUAAAUCCAAAUAUCCUCAACAACGAUGGCAAGACUGCUUUAGAGUGUUUACCUAAAAAGAAUGACAGGCGGGCUCAGGUGAUCAAGGUUGCUUGUGAGGAGUUCUUUCAAUAUGCAGAAGAUGAGAAGACUGUGGCCACGACAAAAAAGAACAGAGCUAAGGACUUUAACCGGCAGGUUUCAACAGAUUCCAGUAAGGCAAUACCCUCUCCUGACGCAAGUAGUUCUACGGUCACAGGUGUUAAACCACGUUUGGGGAAAGAAAAAGGACGUGCUGCUAGACUCAUCCGGGAGGAUAUACAGAAGUUCCUAGACAAUAUUGAGGUGGAGUCUGGCUACUCAGAUGAUCUCAACGAAGAGGAAGAGGAAGAUGAAAACAGGACCAACGUGACAGACCAGGAUGCCUCAUCAGGGCAAGCCUUUGGCGUGAACCCAAAGGGUGACACCACCAACAGGAACAUCCAGGAAGCGAAGGAAGUAACCCUCAGUUCAACAUCUUCGGCUACAGAAGUAGAAGGACAGGGAGCAUACAGGAGCAAUGUUAACAGCACGAUUAGUAUAAAGAAUGCCGAUGAGAAGGGCACCGUUGACCUUGAGGUAAUGUCGGCAGUUGGAAACAUUCUCCAACAGGAAGUCACUGACAAACAUGGCAACAGUGGAAUGGAACCUGAUCUUGGCACAACGACAGAUGGCAAAGGUGAAGGGGCCAAAACAUCAGAAGAUUCUGAUCAUGACAGCCUAGAUGGUAACGAUGAAGAUGACACCAUUGAUCCGAUCAGCUUUAAGGGACUUGAGUGGGAGAUAGAGUGUACAGCUGAGGUCUGGAAUGCACUCUACAAGAAAAACUUUGACAACAAAAUGAAGAACCGUAUCUUUAAAACCAUUAAGAUGCUUGCCUCUGGGGAAUUUGACAAUCAAUAUCAUCUAAAGAAGAGACUCCAUUCGGUUCCACCGGAACUUCAGCUCUAUGAAGCAAAGAUCACUAAAGCUGCUCGGCUGAUCUGGGAGAUUGACAUCGCCUUUUCGUCCAGACAGAGUGAUCCUUCAACCAUAAGACUGACAGAAAACCAGAGGGAAGUACAGUCGACAAGUGGCAAACCAAUAUACGCCGAGAUAAUACGGCUCUGGGACAUUGUGUUCAACCAUGACCAUAUCCAUAGGAGUGUCCAAAAUGUUGUCAAGUCGCAUAGCAAAGGAGAGGAAAGCCUUUUCCAAAAGAAGUUAGAAGGUAUAAAAGGCAAAGACGAUUCUUAUAGUAAAGGAGGUAAAAGGAUACCGAUGACCUUCACGGAGGUUGACGGAGGCUUGCAGCCUGUAAAGAGGUUCUUUCCACCUGCAAGUGCCAAGGAGACCGAGUACCACAUCAUGAAGUGGUACUCCUUCGACUAUCUUGUCAGCUCCAUUCUCCAGAACCAGAGUGAGAAAAUAGACUUCCCCUUCAGCGUCACUGAGCGUGAAUAUGCCGUCAUCAAUAUUGACCAGAAACCGCCAUGUGCUUUGCUGCUACUUGGCAGGAGUGGCACUGGUAAAACAACAUGCUGUCUAUACAGACUUUGGUCAAGAUUCGUGGCGUAUUGGAAGCUCGCCAAAGCUGACAACCCAUUGAUACCAAGAGCUAUAAUGCACAUACACAGUGAGAAUGACAACCAAACUGACGGUGGUGAGAAAGGCGAUGAAGAGUGUUCGAACCUGCAGAACUCUACAAAAUCCAGCCCAGAGCCGAUGGAUGUUUCUGAAGAUGAAGAUACUUGCGACCAUCUUCACCAAGUCUUUAUCACAAAGAAUCCGGUUCUUUGCACGGAAAUCAGCAAGAACUUUAAGUACCUCAGUCAUGGGUGCCGAGAAGCCAAACCCCAUGUUGAUGUCGAAGAUGAACCGUUGCCAAAUCGUCUUCAGUUAGCACACGAAUGUGCAUAUCCCUUGUUCGUAACGUCAAAGCAAUUUCUCGUUUUACUUGAUGCCUCUCUCCCCGAACCUCAUUACUUCCCAAGGAAUGAGGAUGGCUCCGUUAAACGGGAGAUUGCCGGGUGGGGGGAGGAGGAUGGACCCCUGACAUUUAUCCCCGACAUGGAUGUGGAUGAUGACAUUCUGCCAGUUGACGAGGAUGACAAACAGACAGAACAAGUUGCAGGCCAUGACCAUGAUCGCGACCAAAGACGGGAAGUGACAUACGAAGUCUUUGCUGAAGAGCUGUGGCCAGAAAUCAUCAAAACCCACAAAAGAGUGACAUGUCACCCGACUCUUGUUUGGACUGAAAUCAACUCAUUCAUAAAGGGGUCAAUAGAGGCGCUAAGCAACGAGGAUGGUCAUUUGAAUCUUGAAGAGUACAACCAAUUGGGGAAGAAACGUGCACCAAACUUCCCGGGGUGUAGGGAGCAGGUCUUUCAGUUAUUUGAGACAUAUUCCGUCCUGAUCAAAAGGAGAAGGUGGUUUGAUGAGAUGGACUUGAUCUUCGACCUGCAUAAGCGAAUGAAGAAUGUACCAGUCCCCGAAUGGUACAUACAUGAAAUAUACGUUGAUGAAACCCAAGAUUUCACACAAGCAGAGCUGGCCCUUCUCAUCAGAUGCUGCCACGAUCCUAACUAUAUGUUUCUGACUGGCGACACAGCUCAGAGUAUCAUGAGGGGUAUCGCCUUCCGUUUUGAAGACCUCAAGUCAUUGUUCUAUUAUGCAAAAGAAACAUCCCAGCGGGCAACGGGAAACAGAAAGUUGAUUGAAGUGCCGAAGACUGUUUACCAGUUGAUCCACAACUACAGAUCUCAUGCUGGUAUCCUGGACCUUGCAACAAGUCUUCUUGAUCUUAUCGACUGUUUCUUCCCAGCCUCGUAUGAUAAAAAAGGACUUGAGAAGGACAGAGGUAUUUUCAAAGGCCCUCCUCCAGUUCUCAUCAACUGUCGUAACUACAGUGAUCUAGCAAUGGUACUCUGUGGCAACAAGCGAGAAACCUCUCAGAUUGAAUUUGGGGCUCACCAAGCAAUCCUUGUUGUCAACGAUGAAGCCAGGGAUAAUUUGCCUGAGGAACUUGGCUUUGGUCUCGUCCUCACAAUCUAUGAGUCAAAGGGGUUGGAAUUUGAUGACAUACUCAUCUACAACUUCUUUAAGGAUUCUCAGGCGACGGAAGAGUGGCGAGUAGUCCUAAAGUAUCUCGACAAAAUUAAUCAGCAGGAGCAAGAGUCUCCCGAACGGAUGACCAAGGACCUCGUUGAAAUAGAUAUUGAUGCCAGCACUGACAAAUGCCGCCCAAGAAGCCUUGACUUUAACCCGGAGAAGCACAAGAUCUUGAACUCUGAAUUGAAGCAUCUCUACACAGCAGUGACCAGGGCCAGGGUGAAUAUCUGGUUCUUCGAUGAAGAUGAAGAGGCAAGGGCACCCAUGUUUACAUAUUUUCAAGCGCGAAAGUUAGUGAAAACUGUGGAGGCUAAAGGGGAGGAAGAUGAACAGAAACUGACUGAACUUUUUUCGAAGAAAUCUUCAAAACAGGAGUGGAAGUUGAAAGGGGAUGACUUGCUUCGAAAGAAUCUUUUCAGAGUGGCUGCUGAAUGCUACAAAAAGGCUGGACGGACAAGAUUGUACCAGCGCUGCUUAGCGAACCAGCAAGCUUUGGAGGCCAAGCGUACUGAUGACAAGCAUCUCAAACGUGAACGGUACCUAGCAGUCUCAUUGGAAUACCUCAGGUGUCAUGAGUAUCUGCAGGCUGCGAAGUGCUUGUUUAAUGCGAGGGAGCACAAGAUGGCCGCCACACUGUUUGGCCACAGCAAAGUAAAAAAGUAUAUGGAUGCAGCAAUACUAUACAAACUGCUCGGAAGCAAGGAUAAAGCCUGCGAAAUGUAUGAGCUAGGAAAGGCCUACAAGGAGGCCAUUCACCUCUACUACGAGAUGCAGAAGUAUGACAAAGCCAUCGACGUACUGCGACGAUACCAGAAAACUGUCGGGGAGUACCAGCGACGAAACGAACCCAUUCCUCGCAGAAUUGUAGAGCACCAACCAUGCCAAACAGAAGAUGCAUGCCACAUGUGUAACCUGAGAAACCUAGGGCAGAAGGCAGCACAGAAGCACCUACAAGCUGGAAACCUGGCUCGAAUGGUGCAAUGUCUUGAAUUCGUUCGUCAUGAUGAUGCCAUCAGGCUCCUGACCAAGAACGGCUUGAGGGAAAUGGCGGCAGACUUUCAUCGAAAACAUGGGAAGAACAUUGAGGCAGCGAAGCUGUACAAGCAUCUUGGAAACAUUGAUAGAGCAAUUGAGUGUGUUGAAACAGAUACUGGUGAGAGCAGUGACCAAAUCCUGUGUGGCGAAUUGAAGUUAGAAAAAGCACGGUCUCUGCUGCAGCACAAGGCUCCGGAGGAAGCCACGACGCUUUUGAAGAGUGCAGAGAUGGUUUUUGCGAACCACAAAGACCCCAUGAAAGAAGCAGAGUGCCUACUGUUGCGUGGAAUACACAGUAACAUCGACAACAAAAGUCGUGAACGUUUUCUGUUCAACGCUUAUCGAAAGUAUGGAAGCAAGGACACCAAUUCCCCUAUGGGGGAAAUUGAAUGCAUCUACGAAGUAGUCAAGCUCUUUCCCAAACACAUCACAAUGCGGGAGUGUGGGAAUAUGAUAAUACGCUGUAUUGGUAUCGCUCUCCAACUUGUGACUUGGCUCAAGCACCCCACUGGUGGACCAACGGUGAAAGCUGUUGAAGCAGUCAAAACCUGCCUCCGGUUUUACGGUGUCGAGACAUUCGGUCUCCAGGACAAGUCACUACUUGAAAUAAGCCAUCCACAGGCUCGCAUCCUGAACUUGUUUGAUUCAGCCCUGCUCGACGACGGCAAAAUAUUGAAGGUAGAAGCUAAGAACCUUAUCGUGAAAGAUAUUCUGCAAGAAAAAUUGAAAGUCAUGUGGUCUCAUGCCAGAGCUAUCGCCAAAAGAGCCAAGACAGUUGCAAUAAUGUGUCCUCAGUACAGACUGGGAUUCGCCUGUGCCAAAUUAACAGAUGGUAGCGACUGCUCACUGAGACACAAACCAUAUGAUCGCCAGAGCUUUGGAGUAUUGAUCGAGUCGUCAACCCUCUUAAUGCAGCUUGACACUCUCAUCGCCAAAACAAAGAAAGAUCCAACGCUGCAUCACAGCGAAGUUGAGAUGUUAGAGAAGCAUUACACAGACUGUAAUGUCAUUGACAGCUUUAAUGACCUCUGUGAAAUCAUCUUCCCUCUUGAUCGACAAGAAUCGGUUUUAUUCGGAAGCUUUAAAGUGACGAAUGCAUUCUUGGAAGGUUUCCGUAAAACCGCCGUUAAGGAUCAGAUACUGUGGAAUGCGACAUCGAAAAUGGAGCGGUUCAUCACCAAUGACAAGGCUGCUAAGUACAGAGUAUCCAAUCUUCAUUUCUUUCUACAUACAACAUAUCUCUUAGUUGGAGAUACAAGGAAGAUUCAGCAACUACUACUUGAAACAGAGAAGGACGAAAACCCCCCGGUUGCGAUAUACACAGCAUUCGAAGUGCUGCAAGUGAAUCAGAAAACCACAGUCCGUCACCAUAUCUUCCGCUACAUUGUAAACAUGCUCUCCAUACUCUAUGAGGAUAACAACCCCAUGGACACCAUCGGCCACUGCGAUAAAUAUUUCCACAAAGUGGCAAGUCGAGGACAUACGAAGAUGUUCCCAUCGUUUGCACACACGAUGAUGAUGUUUGAAUACCAGCUCUCUCUCAGUUGUUGCAUGUAUUUGAAGAACAUCGGAAGAAUCGACCAUUCAUUUCUGCCGAAAAGCUACUUGGCCCACAUUGCUUUCUUCGACUGUGCCUAUGGAGGAGAGAAUCAGCUUCUCACAUUUUCAAUUAUUCAGAAUUACCGAGCCCAGGACAGAUACAUAGCUCGCCUGAAAGGAGGGCUGUGGAGCUUCGCCAAACUGUUCUGCGGACAGAGGUUUCCAGGUUUCCAUAUGAUACGGGAUGCCUUCGCCAAAGGAAGCCCUUGGAUAAAAACUGGCGAAGCAGAACGCGUCUUUGUGUUUGCUCUCGUUCUCCUUGUCAACAUCAACAAGGCCAUUCCAAAUAAAUGGAAACAGUCCAGGAAAUCCUUGGAGCUGAUGCUUAUGUCUGAUAUAGCUACCAUAGAUCUGUAUGAUACUUCUUGUCCCCAGCGACUCAGAGAUGCUGUCGAGGCCACGAAGAGAGCCAAGGGUCUCCGGUACAUUGUACGCAUACUCAUCAAGCUUCUGGUAGCAAGGGGUGAGGACGAACUAAUGGACUGCACCUGGGCACAAUCACGCCAUAAGCGCCGAAACUUCUGCAGCGACCAAUUCACAAAUUAUAGUCUCAUCCUGGACAACUUCUACCAAUUCUCUCCCAAUUCUACUGCGUCAGGAGGUGAGAAAGAAUCGGCACAAGCUGCGGAACCUCAACCUGAGGAAAGGGAAGAAGAAGCAGAAGAUGAAGACGAAGAAGCAGAAGAGGAGAGAACGGGUGAUUCUGACUACGCCAAGAAGGUGUUGCUUCAGCAAGAGGCGCAUCAACUAGACAUUGAACAAGGUAUGUCUUCAACUGAGGUCACUACCCAGUCAGAGGAGGCAACCGACGUAGACCUUAAAAUCGACGAUACCAUGUGCAACACGUGCGGAGUGACGUUUUCAUCAGAGACGACGGACGAGCAAUCUGGGCUGGUCGAAUCCGAAGUAGCGAUAGAGGGAAUAUCGCCACGGGAGAAGCUUGCAAAAGUUGGAGUAGAACGGCAGAUUUCAAACGACAGUGGACCUUCUUCUUUUGAUUUCUCUAGAUCCUUAAGCAACGCACCAGCGCAAACCAGACAAGAGCAUGAGUCAAGUGAAGCACAUAUCAACAAACAGAUUGAGUGUAGAACAUUCCUUAAGUUUCUUCAAGAAUGUGUAGCGCCACUUCAAGAGGAGGUCAUUAGUUCCAGCCUUCCAGAAGAUGAGAGCCUAAAGGAACAUUUAGCGCGCUUGAACGAAAAACUGGUUGUACUUAUCGACACGCAGCGGGAGAAGAGGGACUGGAGUAACAUGGAGCCUCUCAGGACCUUGUGUGAAAGCUUCAAGGAGGCUAUAGAGGAAUUGAGAGAGAGUCAAGCAGCACAGGAACAAGAGCCCGAGCAGAAGCCAUCUGGCGAGCCCAUGGUGAACGCCUCUGCAGGACCUGAAGGAGAGGGGUUUCAUGCACAACUGAAUGCUGAAGAAGUUGCCAAAAUCCCGGACGUUGCUGUCGUAGGCGAACCUCCCAUUUCCAACAGAAAGAAGGAGGACUAUCGAAGAAAGCCAGAUCAUAAGCGAAAGCCUUUAAGAACAUAACAUUCGUGUUCGUGAAACUAAAUGGAAAGGUGAAUUUGCAUGCAUAGAAAGAUGCAUCACCAUCCUAUCAAUAAGUCACUACUAUAUCAUGCAUGUGUAUGUUACAGCGCGUAUCUAUGAGUCUAUACAUUUAUAUUAUAUUCGUUCAAUGUAUGAAAGAAUGCCAGCUUAAACAACAAAUGUAUGCAUAACCCUAGAUUGAUUAGCUUAGAUGUUCUGGUGAGGGACAUCUGGGGUGUUACAGUAGGCCCUAUCACUGGCUCAGUUAUGGUUUUGCCUGUUCUAGACCGAUGAGCAGUGACUUCACUUCCACACUGGCUUGUGUUGUAUUUGCCAGGGGUCCCAGUGUGUGGCGGUAAUCCUUCCGACACCCACUGGUGGUAAAAAACUUGAACUUCUUAAGCACUAGGCCUACGUGUAUAAUUAUAAUAGUAGCCUUCCUUCAGCUGUUGGUUUGUUGGUGUUUCAAGCUGGCUAUUGUCUGUAGUUCUUGGAUAUUGACCGGCAUAUUUUCCAGCAUCUUAUUGUUCAUGGAAGGAAGCUACUGCAUUUGAGCUUCUGUGUUGAUGGUUGCUGAGCUGUACGCGUAGGCCUAUUGAUGGUGGAUUCUGGACGGCAACCGCGUACAGGCUGCGGAGGCCUACCUUUCCGUUUUUCGGAUUACCCGUCCAUUUUCAUGUUCACAUUUCCACUGUAUUUUUAAUAUCCUGGAAUUCAGUCACAGAUGUCGAUACGGUAUAUAUAUAUAUAUAUGUACUUAUCAAUUAAGGAAUACAGAUUUAUAUUUACCGUACAUUAAUAUUCCUUCUUUUUAAAGUGGUCAGCCAAUUCAGCAUGGUCAGGAGUCCCGUUCCGUCUCAGUAGCAAUGGCCAAUGCAUGCAAUGAGAUGACACCUGCCUGGCCCAGAGUCCAUCUCCCCGCCUCCUCGUCAGACAUGAUUCCAAGGUUGUAAUCCUCCUGGGGGAACUCUUCCAGUCUGGACAGAACAAAAUUCGGAUUUUA